AUGGUGCGGUUCAAGCAUCGCUACCUGCUUCUGCACCUGCUCUUCCCCGCCGCAGUCGACCUCGACGCUCUCCGCAGCGACAUCGACGCCGACCAACCUCCCUCCGCCGAAUCGACUUUCUCACCACCGCACCUGUCCGAGUCGAGCUUGAUCAGCUUGCUGAGGGACAGUCUGAGCGUCAGCUUUGGAGACAUCGGAGCAGGCGAAGUGGGAGGGACGUUCAGCAUCAAGUACCUCUCCCCCUCGACCUCGACCGUCAUCAUCCGCAUCUCGCGAGAACACUUCCGCACUCUCUGGGCCGCCCUCACGCUCCUGCGCAAAGUCGGAGGACAAGAAUGCAUUGCUAGGGUCGUACAUGUCAGCGGCACAAUCCGCAAAACGCAACACGCCGCCAUCGCCCACGACCGUACCCAAAUCCUCCUCUCCGCCGCUCGGAAACGCUCAGCUACCGCUCGAAAACGGAAACGAGAAGCAGUGAAACCGGUUGAGGCUGGAGCCGAGGACGACGGUGUGGAGAAGCAGCUGAUGGAGAGUGAGGAGAAGAUCAUGGCGAUGGAGGCGUGA